AUGGAUACUCAUUAUAUACCGCUUCCAAAGCGAGGAUUAUCCUCCUGUGAAAUAGACAUACCUUGGCACAAAUUAAAAGGUCGAGUUUCCCUCAUGCUGAUAGAAGUUCAACUCAUUAUAAUCAUCAUCAGUUUAUUUCUGGUCGGAUAUCCUGAUGCUACCCGAAAAGCUCUGUGGGAAGAAGGUGGACAACAUGGAUUUAACUCGGACCCUAAAAUGCGCAUCUACUUUUAUGCAAACUACUUGCAGCCGCCAGAAAUCCCUUUUAUCUGGUCUCGACGAUGUACUGAGUUCAAUCUCGCAGCUGGAAUAUUCACUCUGUGUCUUUUCCUCACCAGACAGUUACUAGCACUGACAGCGUCCAUGAGCACGCGGACAGAAGUCUAUCUGCUCAGCUGCGUGCUUUUGUUUUGGAUCAUGAGCUGUAUUGGCCAGAGAUCACCCGACUACAGUGAUCCUGAUCAUCCAAGUCGAGUGCCAUGGUAUCUGCACCACAGCUGCAGUAUUGCAAGUAGACAAGCCCGAGCUGCGUGCUAUGUUGCGCAAGCUUCAUAUGCUUUAACUGUGGACAGAUUAUGGUACGCUUCGUGGAUUCUAAUACUGCUUCUAUAUGCAGUGCUUGAUUACAGUAUUAUAACACGUCAUUGGGCUUCUAAAUUGUUUCCCAGCCACUCAGCCUCCCAAUUUUGUGAUGAAGCGGAAAGAGAACGUGGUUCUUCUGAUAGCGAAAACCUAUUGAUGAGGGCCUGGAAUGAUCUUUGA